CUGCGGCGUGAGGAGGGAGGGAGGGGGGCAGCUGGUCUCUGUGGUUCCGGCAGGGAGCGUCACCGAUCACCACCACCACACAGACCUGGACUAAACAAGCGGGAUGUCGAGAGCAUGAAGCCGGAGAUCAUGUGCCUUACUGGCGCCGCACCGGUGGCCGAACAGCGGUGAAGGUUUGCGGAGAGGAGUAGAGAGGAGGAGGAGGAGGAGAAGGGCAGACAGGCUCGCAGACAGGUGCGUCUCCUCAGCCGGUUUCGUUUCCUCUCGGUCCCAGAGCGAGACGGAGCCAUGGAUCCCCGCAAGGAGCACAAGGGCAGAAAACAGCCCAUGAAACCCAAGUCCACGACGCGGAAAGAGAAGAAACACAAGACCGGGAGGUUCAUCCGGAGGAAAUCGCUGCGAUCUUUCGGGAAUUUCAUGGGAAGGAUCCUUAAAACUUUGGGUACUUUGGCGCACUUCGGCAACGCGGAACCAGCGGACGCGGAGGACGACGACGGCGGCUUCGGGCAGAGCUCCUCGGCGGGCUUCAAAGACGACUGCCCGCAGGUCUCCAGGGAUUCUACCUCCGCCAAGAAGGGCUCCUCCGCGGCGGUGGUGGCGGCGGCGGCAGCCUGCUCCGCUCAGGGCUCGGUGAAGGAGAGGCUGUCGUCGUGCUACGGAGACAAGACCCCCGGGGUGCUGGGGCUGAAGAACCACGGCAACACCUGCUUCAUGAACGCAGUGGUCCAGUGCCUGAGCAACACGGACCUGCUGGCCGAGUACCUGGGGCUGGAGCAGUACAGGUUGGACAUGUGCCACGGGAAGGUGAACGGGGAGGCGCGGGGAGAGGAGCGGGCAGGGGAGCCUCCGAGCGCCCGGGGAGAGGUGACCGAGCAGCUGGCGUCACUGGUUCGAGCGCUGUGGACGCUGGAGUACACGCCGCAGCUGUCCGUGGAGUUCAAGAGCAUAGUGGCCAAAUACAGCUCUCAGUUUCGUGGAAACUCUCAGCACGACGCCCUGGAGUUCCUCCUCUGGCUUUUGGACAGUGUUCACGAAGAUGCCAGUUCCGGCCUCAACAACAACAACAGCAGCAGCAGCAACAGCAACGGCAGCAGCAAGGCCAAAGCUGACACCAAGGGACCCAGUCCAGUGGAGGAUUCUUCCAGUCCCAGUUCAGCCAGUACACAGCAGCCUCGGGGUCGACACAGUUUUGUCCAGGAACACUUCCAGGCUCAGUACAGGUCUUCUCUGACGUGCCCUCAUUGCCUUAAGCAGAGCAACACCUUCGACCCGUUUUUAUGUAUCUCCCUGCCGAUCCCUCUACGACAAACCAGGCCGAUGUGUGUGACGCUGGUGUUCAGUACGAAGGGUCAGAGGUAUCUGCGGGUGGGGCUGGCUGUUCCUCUCCUUGGUACCAUGUCCUCCCUGAGAGCCAUGGUGGCAGAGGAGGGUAAAAUCUCACCAGACCAGGUCAUCCUGUCAGAGUUGUACUCCACCGGUUUCCAGCGCUCCUUCUCAGAUGACGACGAGCUGACGACCAUCGCAGACAGCGACGUGGUCUACGCCUUCCAGGCUCCUCCCCUUUACGGCCGUGGAGGCUCUGCACAGCACUCAGGUUAUCACCACAGCCUCCCCUCCUCUCCCUACUCCUCCUCGGCUGGACCUGAUGGCCAGAGGUUACCAGCUUCUGGAACCCUCUCCUCCGAGUACCUGAACCAGGGCGGCUCCACGAAGCUCCUCCUCAUCAUCUGUAACACAGCAGGCUCCGGCCAGCAAGCUGUCAGGUUUGGACCUCCAUUUCUCAUGCGCGAGGACAGGAGCAUCUCCUGGGACCAGCUGCAGCAGAGCAUCCUCAGCAAGCUCUAUUAUCUGAUGCUGAAUGGAUCUCAGGCUCAGAAGGUUGGGGUGCUGUUCAAGAUCCGAGUGGUGGGAGGAUUGACAUCCUGCAGCUACCUGUCGCCGCAGGACAGCCGGCCACUCUACAACCAUGCUGUUGACAGAGUGCUGAAGAUGUGUGGCAUCGGGGGGCCUCCUCACGUGAAGCUCGUCAUAGAGUGGGAGCACAAGACUAAAGAAUGUCUGUUUGGCACCAUCCAGGAGGAGGUGGUGAAGGAUGCAGAGAGUGUGAGGAACCAGCAGCAGCAACACCUGCAGCAGCACAGCUGUACCUUAGACGAGUGCAUCCAGCUGUACACCAAAGAAGAGCAGCUGGCCCCUGACGACGCCUGGAAGUGUCCCCACUGUAAAAAGUUUCAGCAGGGCAUGGUGAAGAUGAGCCUGUGGACUCUCCCUGACAUCCUGAUCCUCCACCUCAAGCGUUUCCGACAGGUGGGUGAGCGCAGGACUAAGCUGUCGACCUUGGUGCGUUUCCCCCUGACUGGACUGGACAUGGCCCCCCACCUGGUGAAGAGGAGUCAGAGUAUGAGGAACCUGGACCUGGGGCCAUGGCCCCCAGCCUGGAAGCAGCCGUCAGGACAACACCCCGACAUGACCCUCCCACUUGACUAUCAGUACGACCUCUACGCUGUGUGUAACCAUCACGGAGGAAUGCAUGGAGGACAUUAUACAGCUUACUGUAGAAAUUCAGUGGAUGCCCAGUGGUACAGUUAUGAUGACAGCAGCGUCGACCUGGUGCCAGAGGAGGAAGUAUGUACCAGAGGAGCUUACAUCCUCUUUUACCAGAGACGCAACACCAUUCCUCCAUGGUCGGCCAGCAGCUCAAUCAGAGGCUCCACAAGCUCAUCAAUGUCAGACCAUUGGCUCGUCCGCCUCACAGUGGACAGUAAGAGAGGCAGUCUGGUGUCUCGAUCGUCCACCACCUGCCCGUCUUCAAAUCCCGACUCUCCAGAGUCUCCCGUCUUCCUCGAAGAUGGUUGUAAAGACGAAAAGGGAGGUUUUGAGAGAAGGCCAUUUAUCAGGGGACUUGAGGGGCGCAGCAAGAGUAUGAGAACCCCCAGCAGAUCUAAGGACACUCUGAGCAAAGUACUUCCCCUUCGCUGGUCCUUUGGGUCCAAGGACAGACGAAAACCUGACCCAGUGUCUCCGCCGGAUCAAGAUCCUGCCCCUGUGGAGCUGGUGCAGUACUUGGAAUCUGGCCGGCGUCCCCGGUGCACAAAGGACCCAAUAGUAACACUGAUGAGCAAACCGCGCAGCAAAAAGGAAGCUGCUGAGGCCCAUGCUGUAGCUAAUGUCAAAUCGUCCAAUGCUGGGAGUAUGAGUUGUGUGGAUAAAGCAAGAGAUGAGCAGCAGCCAGAGUCUCCACAGGUCCCAGAGGGCCAGAGGAGACCAUUGGACAAGACGACCAGCCUGAGACGCAGCAAGGGGAGCAAGACACGAGAUGAGGGCACCUUGAAUAUCAGCAGUAGCUCUAGCAGUAACACCCUCACCAGAAGGAAGGAUUCCAGGAAGCAGAGCUCCUCCAAAGCUUCCCAGGAUACAGAGACAACAAGGCGGUUCAGUGCUGGAGUUCAGCCCAGCUACAGCACACCCAGCCUUCAUGAUGGGACCCUGAGAAGACAGAGGGGAGACAGGGCUGAACAUCCAGGUGCAUUUGAAGAAAUCUCUAAGACCAAAAGAGGAGAAAUGCCCAAGAGUCAGGAGGGACUGUUCUCCUUCUUAAAAGGCAACUUCUUGAAGAAGGAUAAGGACCAGAAGACGUCCAAGGAGGAUGAGUCGGGGAGAAGAGGAGGAGACGAAGGAGGCCGAAGGACGCUGUCAAGGCCGCCAGUGUCUAACGGAGCAGCGGGAGGCAGAAGUGCUGCAGAAAGAGAGAGGUCUAAUGGCUCAGGCCAUCUGGGCGAUGAGCUGGCGAAUGGAAAAGUUGGACGUACGACGGUUGACAUCAAACGCUCCCAAAGUCAGUCCAACAUCCCCACCAAGGCAGAGCCGAGCAUGCACAGGACAGCAUCUUUGCAUCGCAAUGGCAUGUCCACAGCCCCGGCACCCUCACGCAGCCUGACAACGGACAAACCAUCUUACGGCACCCUGCAGAGGACUCGUUACAGCACAACCUCACUGGGGCGCAAAAAGACAGUCCCCGAGUCGAGCUUCUGACAGAGCUAGUUAACACACAAACACACGGAGCCUUGUACCUGAUAUAGAGUGAAUGACGUCCAGUCUCAGAGAUCAAAGCAAUAGAGCUGAAUUCACAGUGAAAUCCUUUUUGGUCCCGGAAGACAAAGAAGCAGAGACAGAGCAGAUGAAGAGUCCGAAUGCUGGGAUAUAAAGAACAGAAUGAAAUGAUGUGACAUGUCCAUCACUUGUCAGAGGAAGUCCAUCUCUUGUAUGUUCUUUAUCACAUGAAACAAGUGCCUAAGAAACUUAUAUGCAGUUUAGACCAAUGAGUUUGUCUUUUUAGCACUGGAAGCACAGAAGUCCUUACCCACAAACACACACACACACACAGACACACACACACACUCCACAUAAAAAUGCACAUAUUAACACAAUAUCUAUAUUCCUACUGCAAUGUGAGGGUUGAAAGUCAUACAUUUAUAGAAUUCUUCUGGUUGUAGUUAGGCUUGCUGACUGUUUUGGUUUAUCAGAAUGUCGUGAGGCUGCAGUCUGGGAUUAACUUCAAAAGUUCAAGGUAAAUCCCCUGUUUUAUGAUUGUUUAAAGUACAGUGUGGCUUUGAACACACAACAUUGAUGUGUCCCCAUGUGACCCCAACUACAGUUACUGCUUAUUCCAUUUUAACCAGCAGUAAAAAGAUGAAAAAAUUUUUAAAGGAGACAUAUUUUGCCUUUUCAGUUUGUCCUAGCUCAAGAGUUGUGUAACAGAUCUGCAAAAUGAAAAAAGUUAUGAGGGUAGGAGUGGUAUUCUGUAGAAGCACUGAUCUUGAGCUCUUUAUUAUGAAUUGGCCAAGAAAAUGAAAAUCUACCGGGACCAGUAGGGCUUUGUAGCUAACCUCUCUAUGGUAAUAGAAAUGAAAAGACACAAAUUUGGGAUUUUAAAAUUAAUGCAAUAUUGAGGAUGUUUGAUAUAACACCGGUGAACUUUAUUGAAUGCACUCCAUUUUUUACCUUUUAAUCUUGACUCUUUUAUUUAUUUUUUUAUCAGAUUGUGAUUUUUCUGUGCUAUCCAGACUCAAUCUCGUGUGAUUUAUCUGUGGGUAUAUGAAGGUGUGGAGGGUGCUGAGAUUUUCUCCUGGCUCAAAGUGCACAAUUUGUCCGUGUCCUUGUUUGUCGUCGAAGUGACAGCUGUCAAAAACUGGAUGGUGAGGAAUUUAAAGCUCAACCUUACAAAAAUACUCACAUUUAUGCAGUGGAGGUUCAGCGGAGGAGUGCUGGUAAUAGUGCAGCCUGACACUGACAGCAUAUGGGCAGUUAGAGAGAGAAGUGGAGAUGUGGGUGCAGAAAAAGCGCUGUUUUUCAAUGUUCUUUUUUUUCUUAUCCUUUAAUUGGUCCUUGCCUGAACAGUCUAAACCACGGAAGAGUUAGAAUGCCUAAAUGGAAACAAAUAAAAUAAAAUAAAAGCAAAAUUCACUUUUUAACAUAUUUUCCUUUUUCUGUUUGUUAACUUUAAUUAGCUAUAUUACUGAUAAUCGUGCCAGGACGACCCUGCUAAUUGUGCGUUUUUCGUCGUCUUGCAGCACAUUGUAAAUGUAAUUAAAGGUUCAGUCAACAUCAAUGUCCCUACAGCUGCAAAGGAAACUCUUAUUUUCAAAGGCUUUUCUGCCAUCCGCUAAUGCUCCAUGUUCCAACCCAUAGACUCUAUAUAAAGAUGGACGGCAUGACUCCCAAAAGUGAAGCCGAGCGUCCUGAUCGCCCUCUGGUGGCUGGCUGCAGUAUAGUUCAUUAACUCCGCCUCCUACUUGUUAGUUGGUCGGUCACGGACCAAACUUAAUAGCCAAAGUGCACGUCGAUUGAAUUGUUCUCAAAGAUGGUCUCGUUUACGGUACUUGUUAUAGCACUGAUGUACGUCGAAAUGUUAAUUGUUCAGGUAAAUUUAGUUUGACUUAAUUAUUUGAUUCUAUAAGAAUGGGCUGAAACGUCAUGAUUGACAGCUGAGACUCACUCUUGAUUGGCUGUAUCGGUGGGACGUCGCUAACGCCAGACUCUGGCUCCAAUUGACCAAGAUGAUAUUUUGUCUUCACUUCUGGAUAGUGGGAAGAAACGUGUCAUCCAUCUCUACAUACGGUCUUUGAUCCAACCCAAUACCUCGCCAUUUUAAAUCACUCUAUAUUUGGCAUUGGCAUGUUUAUGUUGCCCUCUGCUGUACGACACGGAAAUAUAUUACGCUCACACCCUACACAUCUUUGGUUUAUUUGGUUGCUACAGGUGGGGGAAAUCUAAAUAUACUAAAUAAAUAGGUUUUUUGAGUCCUGUUAAUUUAGGCCUUUUAAAUAUCACGUAGAAAUCGGAGACGUGAAUGUGGCUUUAUGAAGGUUGCGCUUUGCACUUUGUCUUGUCACAUAAUCAAAUAUAGUGUUUAUGUCCAUUGGUGAGUUCCACCCACCCACCCCCACCCAACAUCAACUUGCUUUAUAUUCAAACAGUGACUUGAUCCCUUGUAAGAAACACAGGGCAGAAUGAUAGUUCUACUUUAAGCCACUUUGCAGCAUCUGCCAGCAUCACAGGGAGUGAGGUAGGUCCCUUGAGCUCACUCACAUUACUGCUGGAGUAGAGCGGAGCGUUCAUUUAGUUUUCACAGCUCAGAUGUCCCCGGCCCCUCCAUUAAUAUGCAAAUGGAUCGUUCUAUAACAGCAUAACAAGCGAACGUGAUGUCCUCACUUAAUGCUGAUGGGUCAUUUUGAUGCUGUGUCUCAAAUUGCCAAUGACGACCUCUUGGACUUUGCAUUUGGAGAUUUAAUUUGCACUUUACACACACAUGGGAAUGUUGUGUAUCUCGUAUCUACCCACAUAAUGAUGGAUACUGAAAUUGCAUUGGUUAGUUGGUGCAGCCCUCAAAUCGUUUUUAUUUAGGAGAACAUAUACCUGUAUAAUUGAAUUUAAAUCAGCCUGUUGACCUAUGUUUCAUAAUAUUUUCAGUUUCAAUGGGGAAGAAGGUGUGUAUUCACAUGAGCUUCUGAAUGCUUCUGGACAGUAUUGCCUGUUGAAUGAGUAUGUUAUUCAGUUUCCCUUUUCAGAAGCAGUUUCUAAGAGCAGCACAAAUAUAGGGUCACCCCAUAUUACGUCAACAGGCUAAUUUUGAAAAACUCAAACACCAGCCAGUGCCCAGAUGAUGUGGUUUGCUGAAGGCCAGUUUGAUCUGGUAAUGUUGAAGCAGGAUCAAAGUUGAUUCUCUAAAAUACACGAACCUGUCCUUCUUAUUGGGAGACAUUUUAUUAAGGAGUCUGAAAGGAUUUAAAUGAAACAGCACGGUGUGAUAUAAGGGACAGAUUUCUCUUCCAUUUUUCAGUGUGUCACCCUCUGUUAUUUAGUUAGUGAGCAUUGGAAUUUUUCCUGUUUGUGCCAAGCAAACAAGCAAGAAAAGAGAAUUUUUAAUUCAAGCUUAAAUUCUUCCAGUAAAUGAAUUCCCUUUGCCUCCGUCUCCCUCCUCAACUCCCACAGAGAACACACCCUGUCAACAGCACCCGUAAAUAAUCUAUAAAAGUGUUCUCUAGGCUCCACAUGGGUGGAUCAGUGUUGAACAGCGCAUCUUCAAUUACUCUGCGUAGGUUGUUUAUUAAUAUUUAUCCAAUGAGUCCACUCCUUCUUGGUGAUAAAUCUUACUGCAGGCAGUCGCUCCAUUAUGGAUCCACUUUUUCCGAUUAUCUCAGAGGCUGAUGUUCUCCUUUUGCAGAAUCUUUCUAUUCCUGUAACAAAUGAAUAUUUACAAGUGGCAUGUCACCUACUGAAAUGUAUGUGUGAUGUAUUGAGGGAUAUGGAUCAGCUGGAUCACACAAACCUUGUACACACACACACACUUUCAUUGUGCUGUAAAGGGUAACAGGUGACUGAGCAAUAAUAGUUGAAUGUCUUACUCAUUGGUGUUGGUCAUUUGCACAAGGUUUAUAGAGCAGGAUUAAAAAAUUUGGUUCAGACACUUAGUUUUGUCCUAUAAAUGUCAAGAGGCAUUGAUUGUGGCUUUGUUGUUGGCACAGCUGCUUACCAGGGGAUUACCGGCCCUUAGACAUGGAGGUGGUUUGGAAGUUUGUAGAAAAAUUUAAUAAAUGCAAACCUGCUCGAGGCUGCUCUCUGAAAUGUGUGAGAAACAAUUUAUUUAAGCAUUCAAAUUCAUUUUUCUGAAAGGAAGCUGUUAAAUACUUUGCUUCAGCUACCAUGUCUGAACAACCUUUAUCUCAUUAUAGUGAAUAUUAGUUAUUAAUUCUGAAUGAGAGCAUGUGCUUAGAUACAAAUUAUUAUAGAUGCUUAUUAUUUCCUUCUUUACAGUGAAAUCUUUACUGUAAAAGAACCCACCAAAGUGCAGACUCUUCCUUGAUAUUCAGAAGUAUCAGAUAAUCCCAUAUACAUUGUGAAUUAAACUCACUCAUAUAUUGAUGGUCCUCUGAUCACAGAGCAGUGCAUUACAGUGUAUUUGAGAGAUCAAUGCUGUUAAAAUAGAACUUAUAGAUUUUAAAUAGGGACACAAAGUCUGUAUCAAUUUUUUACGUUUGUUUAUAUCUUUUUUUCUGGCUCAAUCCACAUGUACCCACAUACACACAAUGUUUACACUGCCAAAUUGAGCACUUAUGUGUAAACAAGAUUUCUGUCAGAUGUGGGUUGAAAAUGUUUUUAUAUGAAAAUUUUCUACGUUUUAUAUAAACAUAUAUAAAUCUGUCUCUAUUUGCGAAUACACACAGACAGAAUCUUGUGUGUGUGUGAGAGAGAGAGAGAGAGAGAAUAAAUAAUCUGAUUAUCAUUGAGAUUUACCCUGUGGUGUGUACUGAUUUGGGAAUAAGAUGAGGUUGUGCAGUGUAUUCAUAUUUUUACAAAAUGGUGUACUAGGUUGUCUUUGCUGUAAAACACGAGGUUCUUCCUGAAUUGUUCUCUGUACAUGACAGUGUGUUGUUUAUAUUUUUCAAUACAACAAUUAAAUAGUAUUUAUUUAUGAUUACCGUCAACAGCUUUUAAAUUAUCCAUCAUAAAUUCUAUUUUAAAAUACACAAAUCCUAAUAAAAAUGCAUUAAUGUUUUACUUUUAUCUCACAACACAAUGUUAAAUAAAUACAUGUAAGUACUGUAAUUAUGCAACCUGACCUGAGCCUAUAUGAUCAUUUUAAGUGCAACAAAGUGUGAUAUUGUUAUCUGGAAUUUUGUUAAGCAGAAUUAUAAUAUAUAUAAAUGGAAGUAAAUUAUAAAAUUAUACAGGUACACACUUGAGUGUCUGAACUUAAGCUCAUUUUAUAAUGAAAUAAUUUAAGUUUUUUUUCUUGACUUCAAAUUUGUUUGUAAUAAGCAAUUUUGUUGUUGUUUAACAGUCGCUUGUUGCAGGUGCCAACAGAUGGUAGGAAGGGAACUCUUAGCCUGCACUUGUUCCACAGACUGGCUGUUGAUGUUUAGUAAAACGAUGAUAAACACUCCUCUUACACCUUU